UCGCGAUCGGAGUGUGGUGGCGCGUGGUGUCGUGCACCCAGUUCUUCUCGUCCCAUCCAUCGAUCCAUCCAUCGAUCGCGCCGCAUCCUUCCGACCGCGGAGAGGAGGAGAGGAGAAUCGUGUCCCUCGUUUCCUCCUCCUCCUCCGAGAAAAACCAGCUGCUGCUUCGGUUUAAGGGGAAAAACGGUGCGCGCGAGUAUAUAAAAGUCGAUUCUUCUCGAGCUCGAAUCGACCUCGACGUUCGAGGGGCAAGAAGCGGUGGGAAGAGGAGGACGACGGGAGGAAGAAACGUGGAGGCGGAUGGAAGAAGGAAGGAUGACGGAGGAGCGAGGUUCGAUGGGAAGGAGGCGCGUGUGCGAUCUCUGGUAACGGGCCGUCGUCACCAGGAGGAGGAGGAGGAGGAGGAGGAGGAGGAGGAGGAGGACGAUAACGAAGACGACGAAGACGACGAGGACGACGGCGACGAGGAAGGGCGAAAGGAGCGGCGCGUCCACGAGCAGGAGCGCGAUAAAUAAAGGGGGGAGUGAUUGCGACGUGGGUGGUGGGGAGACGAGUUGGUGGUGGAGGAGGAGGAGGUGGAAGAGUUGGAAGCGGUGUCGAGGAGGAUGCAGCAACAGCCACAGUCUGGCGAACAGUCCGGGGCGCCGAACGGGGUUGCAGGUGGCGGCCAAUUGCCGCAAACAGGUGGUGGCGUAAGCUCGUCCCAGGCUGGAGCGACGGGUACGGCCACGGCGGGGUCGAAUCGAGCCCAGGUGAACGGCGGGAGAUUCGACUUCGACGAUGGCGGCACCUACUGCGGCGGCUGGGAGGACGGGAAGGCUCACGGGCACGGGGUGUGCACCGGGCCCAAGGGCCAAGGCGCGUACUCGGGAAGCUGGCACUACGGGUUCGAGGUCUCCGGUGUCUACACCUGGCCUAGCGGAUCGGUUUACGAGGGCCAGUGGCAGAAUGGGAAGCGGCACGGACUCGGCAUGGAGACCCGUGGACGUUGGAUAUACAGGGGCGAGUGGUCGCAGGGAUUCAAGGGUCGAUACGGCGUCAGGCAAUCGACCACGUCCACGGCGAGGUACGAGGGCACGUGGUCGAGCGGUCUCCAGGAUGGAUACGGUUCAGAGACCUACGCCGACAGUGGCACGUAUCAAGGGCAAUGGUACCACGGGAUGAGGCACGGGUACGGCGUGAGGGCGAGCGCCCCUUUCGGUUUGGCGAGCCAUUACAAACCCUCGAAGCAAGUGAGGGCCUCGUUGACGUCCCUGAGGAGCGCGGACGAUGGUGGGGCGGUGGCACCGACGCCCGAGCCGACCGACAGAAGGGAUCGCCGGGUGGGCGACAGUAGGGGUGGCUUCGUGCUCAAGGCAAGGAGCGACAACCCCCCCGCGAGGAGGAAGAGCCUCACUGAGAAAUCGUUGAAGAAGGGUAUCCUCUCGGGGUUGAAGAUACGAAAGCAGAGGAGCACGGGCGAUUUGGAGAAGCAUGGAACCGGGGGCAGCAUCAGGAGCAACGCCAGCUCCGCUUCGUGGAUGUCCACGGAGAGCUCGCAGAGCCAGGCCUCGGCGUCCGUUCACACGGACAGUAACGCGUCCUUCGUCAUCGAGGACGAGCAGAUGGACGCCUCGGUGACCGAGACGUAUCUGGGCGAGUGGAAGAACGACAAGAGGACGGGUUUCGGGAUAUCGGAGCGGAGCGACGGGCUUCGAUACGAGGGGGAGUGGUUCAACAACCGGAAGUACGGUUACGGGGUGACGACGUUCCGGGACGGGAGCAAGGAGGAGGGCAAGUACAAGAACAACGUGUUGAUCACCAGCCAGAAGAAGAAGCAUCUGUUCCUAAUCAGAUCGGCCAAGUUCCGCGAGAGGAUAGAGGCGGCCGUGAGCGCGGCCCAGCGUGCGAGCAAGAUCGCCCUCCAGAAGGCGGAUAUCGCGAUAUCGAGAACGGCGACCGCCCGGGGGAGGGCGGAGCUGGCCGACACGGCGGCGGACCAGGCGAGGGAGGAUUCGGAAUUGGCCCAGCAGACGGCGAAACAGUUCGCGCCCGACUUCAGGCAGCCGGGGUUGGAGAGGUUGAGGAACAGGGAGAUACCCAAGUACGUGCCACCCCCCCAGGACACGGUGCCCGGGAAGAGCAUUCUUCACAAGGGGAACGUGGAUCAGCAGGGAUCGCACAAGAGCCCGACCUCCUCGUCCCAGGACGGGGCUGCGACGACCACGGCCAGCAACGUGAUGCAGUCGAUCAGGAGGGCGAGCAUCAAGCCUCAGAAUCAAUUGCCGCAGAACCAGUUGUCGCAGACCGAGCUCGCGAAUCAGGUGACCCCGGCCCAGCUGGUCAACCAGCUGCCCCUCGACCAGUUGAACCAGACCACCCUGCCCGGCCAAAACUCGGUUUAUCAGGCUCAGUAUCCCAUGGUUCAGAGCCCUGUUCAACCCCAGGCCUAUCCCAACAGUAUACCGAAUCAGUAUCAGCCGAUGAUGAACCAGUUCGGCCCCCAAUACGGGCCGAAUCAGUAUCCCGGUAUUCAAGGUAGUCCGUACAGCAAUCAGCCUCAAUACUCGAUACCCGUGAACACUCCGGUCCAGGCCGAUCAGUAUUCGUACCAGCAACCGAUCGGUGGUCAACAAGGGUAUCCUCAGCAACAAGCUUAUCCCAAUCAGCAGGCGUUGCCGAAUCAAUACGGGCAACAAAGCCAGACGAAUCAAUACAAUUCCCAGCAAGUUUACGGGCAGGCCCAGCAAUUAGGGGGCCAACCGCAAACCCAAAUCCCGCAACAGUACCAGGCCAGCGACGGUGAGGCGCCACGGCCGCCAAGCUCCACCAGUAUACGAAGAAACAGCAGGGUUCUAACGGCGCAGGAUCGACCCAACACCAUCGGGCAAACGUUGAACGACAGGCUGGACCAUUACAAGAGGCCGCCCAGCCGUGACAGUUCCGUGGAUCGUUACGCCAGAGCGCAUUCCCGAUUGACUGGAUCGAGGCAGCCGUCCGUCGAUAAAACGGUCGCGAAUCCGGACAUGCUCGACAGAUCACAGAAACAAUUCACACCAUCCGAACAUCACGACCAAGCUUCGACUAACGCGAAGAGAAAUGUUAAUCAAAGAAGAUUUAACGCUUGGAUCUACGAAUCUAGAUCGACGAGAGCGCCAAGCGCGAUCCGAUCGAGCACGCCGCUCAACGGGUCCGUGGUGGGCAGCGGUGCAGCGACGCCGACCUACGCUGCCUCCACUUCCGCCCAAUUCGAGGGGGCCUUGCUCAGGAAUCGUAGCCUCGGCCAGGACAUUCUGCCGAGUCCAGGCCAGCCUAAGCGUACGGAAAGCCUGUACGUCACGCCCGGACGCGGUUCCACCGCAUCCGGCGGCGGAGGCGGCCCCGGAGCCGGCUUGUCGAAGGCGAUGCCCGCGGCGGCAGUUUCCCUUCAACGAAAGAAAUCACUGCCGGAUGUGGCUCAACCUAUCCAGUUGACGGCCACGGCACCGCUAUCCAGGGAGGAAGUCAGUGUCCUGAGCAGCAUGAGGAGGGAGGAGAUCCGCAGGCAGAUCGACGAGAGCGAAAGACUCAGGGCCAAUCCUCUGUUGUACUUGGUCAGUCCUCAAGUUAAAGACUGGUUCUUCAGGCAGCAGCUCGUGAUGCUGGUGCUGUUCAUCAACAUAUCCUUAGCCCUGAUGUUCUUCAAACUGCUGACGUAGCAGCCAGCCGACGAUUGGGUUCACGGGCUCGUGGUGGACGUGACCUGAGACCCGGGCGCGUCACGACGCCCCGAGUCGUCACCGAAUCACAGGAUUUAAAACGAUUGAAAGGAGGCCGCGAUCGGGCGGCCUCGGGAUAAAAUCACGAAUAAAAAACCGUUGAAAACGGCUUUUUUCGAGCGAUCCAACUCCACGAGUGGCAAGGUUGGAUGAGAGAGAGAGAGAGAGAGAAUUGAAUUCGAAGAGAGAAGUAACGUUUUUUUUCUCUCUCUCUCGAGAAUCUUCGCUUCGCAUCGAUGACGAAGAGGAUGGACGUUUGGAUGGAUAUGCAGGGACCUCCGUGGAUUCGAUUCGAUUUCUUGGAUCGCGGGAGGAUCGAGGAAGUUUUAGGAUCGAUGAUGAGAGGGAGGAAAGGCUCGUUUUGUUUCUCAGACGGGGUAUCAAAGUCGCCUAGGUACCCUGGCGCCUGUAUCAUACAUAUUUUUACACCGAAUAUUUUAAUAAUAAUGAUAUAAUAAUAUUUGUAAAUUAGGGUGAUGGGCCUCGAGAAGACCCAUGCCCUAA